CACAUGUAUAACACCUGACACCCUCUGCGAUCUCUGUUUGCCCCUGCAUCUGUACAAAGUACCACGUCAAUUACGAUGACUACUAAGUAGUAUCAAAUCAUACUUAUUUUCCUCGCCGGUUUGCACAGACAGACUAUGCGCCGAAGCCAUUGUCCACCAUGGCCACGAUAACGUCUCCUCGCAGCGAAUCCCCUGCCAUAACCAUCCCUCGCAUCACCUCUCCCUCGAUCCCCAGCACGAGUGGAACUCCCGUGUCCUCUGUCCGACCGUCAUUUGAUGUUCCGAGGAUAACGUCAAACGCUCCUGGCUCUCCUUCGCAACAUGCGACACCGGUGUCAGUGUCAAAUCCGUCGCAAAGGAGGAAUCGUGCCGCCCUGCGAGACUAUUACAACAUCAAGAGACCUUCAGGGGCUUCUGGAACGACAGAUCUCGGACUGAGCCGCAAAACCAGCAUAGCCUCGAACGCCUCAGACUCGACCGUCGUCACGUCCUCCAGCGCCUUCGUUCCCGAACCUUCGUCGUCGUCCUCCCUGACGGGGCCGCAGCUGGACGACGCCUCUUUCGACGCCGAAGCUUACGUGACGGAGCUCCUCAAGACGGCCGGUCUGAGGGACAUUUUGAGGACCGAGAGUUCACUCGUCAGCGAGAUUCGAAACCUCGACGGCGAAAGAAAGGCCCUGGUCUACGACAACUACAGCAAACUGAUCAAGGCCGUGGGCACAAUCGCGGAGAUGCAAAAGGGGAUGCACAAGAAGGAGAGGGAUCCAUCUAACAGACUUCAGAUGAGUGUCUUGGGAGUACAGCAGAAAGAUACAGCCCCCAAUCUGGACGGCGUGGAGAAGUUGGGCGAGAAGUUGGACGCUCUGCUCAAGAUGGUCGAGGACUUGGGUCCGGCACAGCAGCAAGAACCAGUGGCGGUCAAGGCGAGGGAGACGAAACGACAAAAAGAGACGGUCCAGCGGGCUUUGGACGCCCCUCGUCGACUACGAGCCUUGAUUGACAAUGACCAAACGCAAGAAGCAGAAAAGGAGUUUGGGUCUGUCAAGGUGCUGCUCGAGCAGUGGAAGGACGUUCGGGGUGUGGAUGAACUUCGUGAAAAAUGUGAGCAAAUCAUGCGUACAUCGGACGUUGAUGGCGAUUCACCGUCAACACCACACACCACACAAAAAUCAACAACACCCGAUUGAGACUAAAGGGUAAUUGAACAUUCAUGCUCUGGCCCCUGCGGCCGUAGGGGAGGGCGUUCACCAAGUGAGCAAGCAGAACCGCCUAGAGCCUGGGCAUCGAUUGGACUGGUGAAGAAAGAGCCAGUUGCAAGAAGCGAGACGAACCAUACGGCCACACUCUUAGAUCUCGAACAAGACUCCUGCGAACGAGGGAAGAAUUCUGGCGUUCCAUGUGAACCGACGUCUGUUGAGGAGUGCCGAGGGUCGACUCUUGCUUUCAUCUUUGCCUCCUGAGGUGGGAAUCUCAAAGAAAAGAGUCGCCAUGGACCGCGAUCAGCUCCUUGUUUCUCGAGUCUACACUCACGUUUCGCUUGUUCGGGCCACGAUCGACGAGCACGAAUCGUGACACACUCUAAAGAGGCCUUCCAAGCCCUAUUCUCGGGGAUUCCUUUUGAAAAAUUUCAAGCUGAAAGACAAGCCCCCUUCAGAUCUUCUUCUACGAGGCAAAACCUACCCCGGACAAAUCACAGUUUUCACCCCAACAAUGGGCCGUGGGCCGACCUUACCUGAGAUGCAGAGUCAGUGCCCUACCUUGUCCGCAGAUGCACGUGGUCGAAUCUCCUUGAGACCAAACAAACAUCUCCAGCUUCCGAGUCACGACUCACCAAGGUGACACGGCCGGGAACAAUCAGAUUACGCACAGAGAACGAAAAGUCCACUUUCAGGAUAAUUGAUCAUUGUGUCUCACAAGCACAUAUCGUCGUGUGCACUAAACUACCUACAUACUAUCUACCCAAGGCAUUCGCGUGGCCUGCGCACAUAGAAAAGUGUCAGGGGGUAUCGAAACAAACAAAAGCAGGCUCGCUGUAAUGAAAUUCCUAAAAUGUGUGGUGUCCUGACCACACAGUUUCUUCACUCCAAAAAAAUCC